AUGCGCAUGCGUAGUGGUGGUCCCGCUCAGUGCGCCUGCGGCCGCCGCAUUCCUCUAGCCUUCUGGUUUCUUGGCUUCUGCGCCUGCGCACAAGAAGCGCCUGGGCCCCGCCUAGCUCAUCCAGGGAAUGUGUCUAGGAGGCUGCGCGUAGGAGAGGCGGGCCCGCGUCGCUUGGCCUUCUGGCCCAAAGCCUUCAAGCUGCGCGUCCUGCACGGGCCGCAGAAAUUCGGGGUGGCGGGCAGGAGCCCCGAGGAGGUGCUGCGGAAGGGCUGCCGCCUCCUGCAGGUCCCCGAGCAAGGCGCCCGCUUGUGCCUGUACGCGGACGGCGGGGAGCUGCGCCCCGAGGACUUCGGCAGAGUCGCCGACAACACGGAGCUGCUGCUGCUCGCGAAGGGCCAGACCUGGCAGGGCUACCUCGGCGACUUGGGCCGCCUGCUCAGCGUGUUGCACCGGCCGCAGGCGGCGCUGGUGCAGGCGGCGAGGCGGCUGCUGGAGGAUGAACAGGCCCCGCUGCGCCAGAGGCUCCUGGCAGACCUGCUGAGCACCGUGAGCGAGAACAUCGCGGCCGAGACGCGCGGCCAGGACCCGCCUUGGUUUGAAGGCCUGGAGCCCCGUUUCCGGAGCAAGGCAGCCUACCUGAGGCACAGCUGCGCGAGCCGCCUCCGCAGUUACCUGAGGGAGGUGAGCGCGCACACCCCGGCUGUGGAGGCAGCUGCCCGGGAGGAAUACACGAGGCUGGUGGGCGCCAUGGCUCAGAAGCUCCGUGCCGAGCACUUCCAGGGCAGUUACUUCGACCGUGGGGCCCCGACGGGCCGCCUCUGCACCCCAGAGGGCUGGUUCUCUUGCCAGGGCCCCUUUGACAUGGCCGCCUGCGAGUCCAGACACUCCAUCAACCCAUAUGGCAGCCGAGAGAGUCGGAUCCUCUUCAGCACUUGGAACCUGGACCACGUCAUCGAGAAGAAACGCAGCGUGGUGCCCGCGCUGGCUGAGGCGGUGGCGGCCCGGAAUGGGCGGGAAGUCGACUGGGAGUAUUUUUACCGUCUGCUGUUCACCUGUGAGAACCUAAAACUGGUGCACAUUGCCUGCCACAAGAAAACCACCCACCAGCUCAGCUGUGAUCCAGACAAGGUUUACAAGCCCCAGAGCCAGCGGCCCAGGAAGCAGCCUGCCAGGAGGGGCCGAUGACCUUGCCCAUUGGAGACCAC